GCGAUCGGAGUGAUCGAGAUCGGAGCAGGCAAGAAAAUAGGACGGCCAGCGUUUCGGUGGAAAACAGCCGGGCAGGAGUGCUAAGGAGUUUUUCCGCCCGAAACGAGUUAGGCUGCCGUUCGGAGUUCUAAUCGGAUAGAGUGUCGCAGCAGAGCCCAAGCAAAUAAGGAAGACGAAACUGGUGUGUCCUUUUGUCUUGCCGUGCGCAUUCCACUUACUGUCGAGCUAGGUGCAGACGCAACGGCGCAAAGAGAACGGCAAAGUGGCCAGAAAGUAGAAAAACAAGUGCCCGGUGCAAUCGGAUCCCUCGUGCGUCGGUCUGUGUGCGAUUCUAGUGAACCGAGCGUGAUAUUUGCAACACACGCGAAAUACCACCAAAGUGACAACCUGUUUUCGUUCAACUGCAGCCGCCAGCAUUAGCCGCCAUUGAGGUGACGCAUAAGACGGUGCAGCUAGGAGAAGCAACAAACCGUGGGAGCUUAACGAAGCACUAAUCCCGCCGAACGACCGCGUUGAAGAAGGCGAGACUAGAAGAAGUGAACAUUCGUUCCAACAACCUUGAGUUUCGCACAGCCCAACCGGUGACAGCAAACCGUCAACUAGCGGACGAUACAAACCAACAUGAUUCACGUGGACGAAACGGACCCGAUGGGAGAUGUGCCACCGGCGUUUCCGUACCGGGAGGUGGAAAUUCAGCGAGGCCUGGACCCCAAACAGUUGUACGAACUGAGCAGCGAGCUCGGCAGAGGGAAGUUUGGUGUGGUGUACAAGUGCAAGGAGAAGUCGACCGGCGUCCGGUUGGCGGCCAAAUUCAUCCAGACCGUGAAGAAGGGCGACCGGCGCAACAUCGAGCGGGAGGUUCACAUGAUGAACGUUCUGCACCACGCAAAGAUCGCGCAGCUGUACGCGGCGUACGAGUUCGAUCGAACGUUUUGCGUCAUGAUGGAGCUUGUGGAAGGUGGUGAGCUGUUCGAUCGGGUGCUGGACGAGAAGUUUAUUCUGACCGAGCGCGCCUGCUCGAUCUUCAUGCGCCAGAUCUGCGAUGCCGUGGCGUACAUUCACGGCAACAACAUCAUCCAUCUGGACAUGAAGCCGGAGAACAUCCUGUGCCUGACGGAGGCCGGCAAUCGGAUUAAGAUCAUCGACUUUGGGCUUGCCCGCGAGUACGACCCGGACAACAAGCUGCAGGUCCUGUUCGGAACGCCCGAGUUCGUUGCCCCGGAAGUGGUCAACUUCGAGGCGAUUUCGUUCGCGACCGACAUGUGGAGCGUCGGGGUGAUCGCGUAUGUGCUCGUUUCCGGUCUGUCGCCGUUCGCCGGUGAGGAUGAUAUACAGACGAUGGGCAACAUCACGAUCGGGCGGUACGAUUUUCUCGACGAAGCGUUCGAUAACGUGUCGGAAGAAGCGAUCGACUUCAUCAACCGGUGUUUAGUGAAGGAACAGAAAGAGCGUCUGUCGGCUGAGGACGCCCUGAAGCACAAGUGGGUCAAACGGAAGCCACAGUAUACGCCAACGAACCGGCGGCCAUCGAUCACCACCUUCAAACCGAUCCUGCUCGAGAGCAACAACAAUAACACCAAUGAAAUCGAUAAGGACAACCUGAAGGAGCUGGUCGGCAAGUGGAACGAGACGCCCAACAACCGGUACACGUUCGAGCAGGACACGGAAAACAUAAUCUCGCCGGCCGGCGACUCGGUGCAACUCCGGCGACCCACGCUACCGGAACUGUCCGGUCUGCCCACUUCCGGUAGCCGCCGUGGUAGCAUAGCGCGGGACUCAUCCGUUGAAGAAGUGGAAACCAUCGACAACAGGAGCGACACACCGAACGGGAACAGCAGCCUCGAUAGCCUCAUUAGCUACCACAAUGAUCACCAUGACGAGGGCGAGGAUCGAACUCAACGUUUGAUCUGUAACGGAAAUGUUGUGCCCAUCGUUGAAGCUUCGGAACAGCAGCGAGUGGAGUCGGUGCAGGAACUCUCGGAAGGUUAUGCAUCGUUGGAAACGGAGGAACAACAGCCUAAGCCUAACGACACUACUAACACCGAUCCGGAAGCGGCCGCUGAUCGUGUUGAUGAAAUUAUAGCAGCAACUGACCACAGCCCACAGCGCGUAACACCUAACGCUAGUAACGCUGCACUUGAAGACUGCGAGACCGAUCGCGCAGCUGUAGAUAGUGAUCGCUGUAGUAUUAAUGGUAGUGGCAGCAUCAGCAGCUAUAGUGAUAGUAUUGGCAGUAUUAGUAGCUUUAGUAAACUGACAAACUGUAGAGCAGCUGCAUGCGAGGCUUUUACUAAGCUGGCUCCGGACGCUCGCCCCGAACCGUCGGGCAUCGUUCCGUCCGGACACGUCCCCUUCGAUACCACGAACACUUCCUCUGACACUGACACUGAUGUACGAUCGGCGUACGGUUUGUGCCUCUCUACAGAUCGGUCCCCCCUUACAGACAAACAAGCCGACACGUCGGAAGCCCCCUCGGACACGGGGCCACCAACCGUGGGCGAGUUAGGCGACCGCUCGACAGACCUGAACGAAGCCCCACGGGCCAAGGUACGUGACGAUUUGCGUAAGCUUUCCGAUUUACUAAAACUCUCCCUCACGAACGUCGCGAAGGAGUUGGAAGGUUCCGUGACGGGCGACCCGUUCGAAGCCGAAAGCAGCACGGCUCCACUGUCGCCAACGGUCAGUAGCUGCAGCAGCAGCACGGCGCAGGAGCUGGACAGUGAUCUGGAGAACCUCAAGACGAAGGUCCACACGAUCCGCACCUCGCGGGCCCAGAAUAAACUGAACGAGUUGGCCCAACGGCCGGACUUUCUGGCCAACGACCCAUUCAAACUGCCCACGUUCCGCUUCCUGCCGAAAUCGAUCAGCCUCUGCAACGAGGACUCGGUGUUCAAGGAGAACUACACCAAGUUCUGUGAUCGGAAUGCAUCCCGUGAAUCGAGCGUGGUGGCCGCUACGGAGGAGGUUAAGUCCACCACCGUCGACAAGGUUCGCAAGAAGUCUUCCACCAGUUCGGGGAUGAAGAAGAAAAAAGACUCCGGCGAGGGCGCUAAAACAACGACCACCACAACGACGACGACGACGACUUUCGCGAGUGGUGGCGAAGGAAAAAUGUGUCCCUCGACCACGGUCCGGAAGACGAUCGUGAAGCAGCAGAAGGUGAUAGUGGACGAGCAGGAGUCGAAACCGGAGCCGGACACGCCGACCAUCGGUCGCCGGAAACCUCCGCUAGGGCAGAUGAAGAGUAUCGAAGCGUCACAGGCGAUCGGGAACUCGAUGUCGAUUAGUACCGCUUCCGUGAAGCGCACCAAGUUCCGGGUAAACCAGAUGAGCAGCCGCGACGUGCCGGUGGCCAUAAAUCCCGUGGCCCAGCGAUACCUAGAACGAAGCUGUGGCACCAUGAAGGCCGGCGGUAAGCCAUUGUUGGACGAUACGAACCUGGCGCUUGGGAAAGUGUUGCAUCCGGUGAACGGUGGUGGCCCAGCGGUCGGGAACAGGGUGAAUCGUGACACUACCGAAACCGGCACGUUUGAUGAUUCGGUGACGGUAAAUAAUCUGCGAAAUAGUGCACUGAAGUUGCGCAGCCUAUCGGUCGACUGGGACGUGGUCGAUGCCGUCGAGAAUCGGUCGAUGAAGACGAUCAAUAGCUUCCUGAAACGACACGCCGUAGCCAGCUCGGCCGUACGGCAGAUACAGGCCCAACUCGAGGCCACCGUUACACACAAAUGACGCGCACCGUAAAACUAUCCGCGGGGACACAUUCUAGAAUUAGAACCGUUUCAGAACUGACCGAGCGCUUCGGUCCGGUCCGUAGGGAAGGUGUAUAUACAUUUCAGCACUCCCCUUCUACUAUUUAUAUACGCCAUGUGUAUUUAAUUGUAGAAUUUAGUCUUAGGAGAAGUGGU